AUGGCCAACCACCUGGAGCAGGACGAGGGCGUGCAGCAGGCCAACCAGCCGGCGCUGUGUGAGAAUGGCUGUGGGUUCUUCGCGAACCCUGCGUGCGGCCCCUACUGCUCGAAGUGCUACCGGGAGAUGGCGGAUCGCGAGCAGCGCGCCUCGCCCAAGCCCGCGCGGCCCCAGGCGGAGCCCGGCGCCGGGGCGGCGACCAGCGCGGCCACCGGCGCGGCCGUCCCCGCGGCACCCCAGCCGCGCGAGCCGGUUUCGGUGCCGGCCGUGCCAGCGGCGCCGUCGAUUGAGAUCGAUCGCCCGGCCGUGGUAGCCCCCGGGGCGCGGGAUCCGCCGGAGCGCAGGAACGCGAGGCCGGCGAAGAUGAGGUGCCCAGUGUGCCGCAGGCGCGUGGGGCUGACGGGCUUCGCGUGCAAGUGCGGAGGCGUGUUCUGCGGCGAGCACCGCUACGCGGAGGCACACGCCUGCGAAUUCGACCACAAGGGCGCCGAGCGGCGCAAGAUCGCGGCGGACAACCCCGUCGUCGUGGGGUCGAAGCUCGACCGGCUGUGA